AUGCCUGGGUUUGCCUCCAUCCUCAACACGGGCCAGAGUGUCCCCAAUGACAAGGCCGUCCAGGUCUACUUCACCACGAGCAAUUCCAACGUCGGCAUGGCGCUGCAUGACAAGACGACAGACAGCAACAACCCAGACGUCGUUCAAUCCAGCAAAGCCGACCCGCCGGGUAAUCUCGUCUUCAGCACCCAGCUUACCAGCACCACGUUGAUGUAUUUCAACGCCGUGUUUGGCUUCACGAAGCAGCUGGACGCCAAGUCUCCCCAGAUCGACGUCUCCCUCGUCUGCCCCGUCUACCAAGCCGUAGCAGCCACCGAGAGCACCAACACGACCAUUGCGAGCUGCUCUUCUCAGGACAAAACCUGGGUCUAUUAUUUGAGCGGAGCGGACCAGGACUCGCUCAGAAUCGUUCAGUCGGAAGUCGGAAAGCAAGUCACGAGCAUCAAACUGGAAGCAACGGAUGUGCGGCUGGGAAGUUCGCUCGCCGCCUACUACGAUGUCGAGCAGCGGCUGCCGUUCGUCAUCUACCAGCACGAGGUCGACGGGGGGGACGACGUCAGGCAGUUGUACGAGUACAGCGUAGACAAUGAAUCUUCCAGCAGGAUCCAAAACACGGACGACGCUGCGAAACUGACGAGCAUCGCGGCGGUACAUGUCCGUCGGGUCACGUACCUGUACUACAUGGACAACGACAACGAGCUCCGGGUCAUCACCAAGGUCAGGGGCAACUGGGGCUCCUCUGCCGGAGUGAGCGGCGCCGGCAAGGUCAACAGCUCGAGCCAGAUCACCGCCGUCUCGUCUGGUGAAGCCAGCCACGUAUUCUACACUGACGACAGUGAUUCGCCGGUGCACCUCAUGUUGCCUUUUUAG